GUAAAUUAAAUGAGCCUGUCUGCCCCUUCUCUCUCUCUCUCUCUCAUUAUAUCUCCCGUCUUCCCCACUCUCAACAAUAUCCUUCCUUCUCUCUAGAAAACCCACUUCUUCCCUUCUUUCUCUCCUCUCUCCUCCAUUGAGAGAAAGGAUGAGUUGUUCAAGCAGUACAUCACCACCAUUUCCAUCCAGGGAGAAGCUGGAAGAUGAAGAAGAGGGGAAGGGACAGAAGAACCCUAACAACUACAAGAAGGUUUCGUUUCUCAAGUUGUUCUCCUUUGCCGAUCUCUACGACUACGUGUUGAUGGGGAUUGGAUCGGUUGGAGCCAUUGUCCAUGGCGCCUCGGUGCCUGUGUUCUUCAUCUUCUUCGGCAAACUGAUCAACAUCAUCGGCCUCGCAUAUCUCUUCCCCAAGCAAGCCUCCCAUCGUGUCGCCAAGUACUCUCUGGAUUUUUUGUACCUGAGCAUAGCCAUCAUGUUUUCGUCAUGGAUAGAGGUGGCAUGUUGGAUGCAUAGCGGGGAGAGGCAAGCGGGGAAGAUGAGAAUGGCGUAUUUGAAAGCACUGUUGAACCAAGACAUCACCUUAUUUGACACUGAAGCUUCUACUGGGGAAGUUAUUUCCGCCAUUACUUCUGACGUUAUUCUUGUCCAGGAUGCCAUUUCUGAGAAGGUAGGGAACUUCAUGCACUAUUUCAGCAGAUUCCUGUUCGGGUUCAUCAUAGGGUUUGCCAAGGUGUGGCAGAUCAGCUUGGUCACACUAUCCAUAGUGCCUUUCAUCGCGCUAGCAGGUGGCAUCUACGCGUAUGUCACCAUCGGCCUUCUUGCUAGAGUCCGCAAAUCUUAUGUCAAAGCAGGCGAGAUCGCAGAAGAGGUGAUUGGCAAUGUGAGGACAGUGCAAGCAUUUGCAGGAGAGGAAAGGGCAGUAAGGGCAUAUGGAGAUGCUUUGAGCAAAACUUACGAGUAUGGAAGGAAAGCAGGACUAGCCAAAGGGCUUGGACUUGGAACUCUCCACUGCGUGCUCUUCCUUUCGUGGGCUCUGCUCGUCUGGUUUGUCAGCAUCGUCGUCCACAAGAACAUCUCGAAUGGCGGCGAGUCCUUCACCACUAUGCUCAAUGUGGUCAUUUCAGGCCUGUCACUGGGACAGGCAGCUCCAGACAUCACAGCAUUCAUCAGGGCAAAAGCAGCAGCAGGUCCUAUAUUCCAGAUGAUAGAGAGGGACACAGUAAGCAAAACCAAUUCCAAAACAGGCAAAAGAUUAAACAAGCUUGAAGGUCACAUCCAAUUCAAGGAUGUGUCAUUUCGAUACCCUUCUCGGCCUGAUGUAACCAUCUUCAACAAACUCCGCCUCAACAUACCUUCAGGGAAGAUUGUGGCUCUUGUUGGAGGGAGUGGUUCCGGGAAGAGCACAAUUGUGUCGCUAAUCGAGCGAUUUUACGAGCCAGAGUCUGGGCAGAUACUGAUUGAUGGAGUUGAUAUUAAGGAUUUCGAUCUCAAGUGGCUGAGGCAGCAGAUUGGUCUAGUGAAUCAGGAACCUGCAUUGUUUGCCACCAGCAUUAAGAAGAAUAUUUUAUAUGGGAAAGAUGAUGCCACAAUGGAAGAGAUCACUCACGCUGCUAAACAGGCUGAAGCUUCUUCUUUCAUCAACAACCUGCCUGAUAGAUUUGAAACUCAGGUUGGGGAGAGAGGAAUCCAGCUAUCAGGUGGGCAGAAGCAGAGGAUAGCAAUAUCUCGUGCAAUAGUGAAGAACCCAUCAAUUCUAUUGCUUGAUGAAGCUACAAGUGCACUUGACGCGGAAUCGGAGAAAAGCGUGCAGGAGGCACUCGAUCGAGCCAUGGUUGGAAGGACCACUGUCAUUGUAGCACAUCGGCUUUCCACCAUAAGGAAUGCCGAUAUGAUUGCUGUUGUUCAAGGAGGAAAGAUUGUGGAAAUUGGCAGCCAUGAAGAUCUCAUCGCAGACUCAAAGAGUGCAUAUGCAGCACUCGUCCAUCUUCAAGAAGCUGCAUCAAAUCAACACCACCCAUCUUUAGGUCCUACAGCGGAACAUCAGCUGAGCGGAAAGCACUCUCGAGAGUUAUCCCGCACCAGAUCUAGCUUUGGAGCAAGCUUCCGUUCUGAUAAGGAUUCGGUCAUCAGCCGCACAGGCUUGGACGGAGCAGAACCGGCCAAGCCAACUACUGUUUCCAUGAGAAGACUAUACGCCAUGAUUGCUCCUGAUUGGAUAUAUGGAGUAUCUGGCGUUGUAUGCGCCUUCUUUGCUGGAGCACAGAUGCCGCUUUUCGCACUCGGUGUGUCUCAGGCGCUUGUGUCCUACUACAUGGACUGGGACACAACUCGGCAUGAGGUCAAAAAGAUAGCAACCCUCUUCAGCAUUGCUGCAGUGUUGACAGUUAUUGCUCAUGCCAUUGCACAUCUGUGUUUUGGGAUCAUGGGAGAGAGACUAACAUUCCGAGUCAGAGAAAAGAUGUUUUCUGCCAUCUUGCAGAACGAAAUAGGAUGGUUCGAUGACUUGAACAACAACAGCUCUAUGCUGACAUCACGCCUCGCGACCGACGCAACUCUGCUGAAAACUAUAGUAGUUGAUCGCUCCACCAUUCUCUUGCAGAAUCUUGGUUUGGUGGUUACAGCUUUCGUCAUUGCAUUCAUCCUGAAUUGGAGAAUCACUCUUGUUGUGUUAGCUAUGUAUCCACUCGUCAUUAGCGGACACAUAAGUGAGAAACUGUUCAUGCAAGGUUAUGGUGGCAACUUGAGCAAAGUAUACCUGAAAGCCAACAUGCUGGCUGCUGAGGCAGUAAGCAAUAUACGAACAGUCGCAGCAUUCUGCGCAGAAGACAAGGUCCUUGAUCUUUAUGGGCACGAGCUAGUGGAACCUUCAAAACGUUCAUUCACACGUGGACAGAUUGCAGGGAUAUGCUAUGGGAUAUCCCAGUUCUUCAUUUUCUCUUGCUAUGGACUCGCUCUAUGGUAUGGUUCAACUCUUAUGGAGAAGGAAAUUGCUAGUUUUAAGUCCGUCAUGAAGUCAUUCAUGGUUCUGAUUGUAACAGCACUAGCCAUGGGUGAGACUCUUGCAUUAGCUCCAGAUCUGCUGAAAGGGAACCAGAUGGCUGCAUCGGUCUUCGAGGUUUUAGAUCGAAAAUCACAGAUGAGUGUAGAUGCCGGGGAAGAGUGGAACAAUGUCGAGGGUAAGGUUGAGUUGAAGAAUGUCUGUUUCAGCUAUCCAGCAAGGCCGGAAGUCACCAUUUUCAAGGACUUCAAUCUGCAAGUGCAUUCAGGCAAAAGUGUGGCUUUAGUAGGCCAAAGUGGAUCUGGAAAAAGUUCUGUUCUUGCCCUCAUUCUCCGAUUUUACGAUCCAACAUCAGGCAGAGUAAUGAUAGACGGGAAAGACAUCAAGAAAUUGAAAUUGAGAUCGCUCCGGAGGCACAUCGGCCUAGUCCAGCAAGAGCCUGCUCUCUUUGCAACAUCUAUCUAUGAAAACAUACUGUACGGCAGAGAAGGAGCCACCGAAGGAGAAGUAAUCGAAGCAGCUAAACUCGCAAAUGCACAUAGCUUCAUCAGUGCCCUUCCUCAGGGCUACUUGACAAAAGUAGGUGAACGAGGGGUGCAACUAUCUGGUGGCCAGAAGCAAAGGGUAGCCAUUGCCCGGGCAGUGCUGAAGAAUCCAGAAAUUCUUCUGCUAGAUGAAGCUACCAGCGCUCUGGAUGCAGAGUCAGAGCACAUCGUGCAGCAAGCACUGGACAGAUUGAUGAAGAACCGUACGACGGUGAUGGUGGCCCACAGACUGUCAACCAUAAAGCAUGCAGAUCAGAUAUCGGUCAUACAAGACGGAAGAAUAAUCGAACAGGGGACUCAUUCAAGUCUUGUACAGAAGAGAGACGGGGCAUAUUUUAAGCUAAUCAACCUUCAACAGGAGCAACAAAAGGGAGCACUAACAUGAUUUUGUAAGAAGAUUAUAUAUUGCAGUCAUAGGAUACCUGUUCAGUCAACUUCAUUUUUCUGCAUUCCAUAGACCUCCUGUCCUUUUUUUUUAUGUUCAGUCUUGGAGUUUUGACUUUGGCUUUGCGAUGUAUAAUAGAGACAUGUGAUUAUUGAUAUUGAGAGUGUCGAAGCAAUGAAUAAUGGAAAAGCAAUUCUCGAAAA